UCAUUGAAAUACUGGAACUACUAUGAAGUCUUCCUGGUUUUCACUCAUCUUGGCAGUGCUCAGUACUGAACUGCUAAGAAGUCACUGUUCCACUGUCAAGUCCCCAAGGUUUAGAGGACGUGUGCUGCAGGAGAGAAAAAAUAUCAGACCAAAUAUCAUCCUCGUACUCACAGAUGAUCAAGAUGUGGAGCUAGGGUCUUUGCAAGUGAUGAAUAAAACCAGGAGGAUUAUGGAGAAUGGAGGGGCCACUUUUAUCAAUGCAUUUGUAACCACCCCAAUGUGCUGCCCAUCGCGUUCUUCCAUGCUGACUGGGAAGUAUGUGCACAACCACAACAUAUACACCAACAAUGAAAACUGCUCUUCUCCCUCAUGGCAGGCUACUCAUGAGCCACGUACCUUCGCUGUGUAUCUCAAUAACACUGGGUAUAGAACAGCUUUUUUUGGAAAAUACCUCAAUGAAUACAAUGGCAGCUACAUCCCUCCUGGGUGGAGAGAGUGGGUUGGAUUAGUGAAGAAUUCUCGCUUCUAUAAUUACACCAUUUCUCGCAAUGGUAACAAAGAGAAGCAUGGAUUUGAUUAUGCAAAGGACUACUUCACAGACCUAAUCACUAAUGAGAGCAUUAAUUACUUCAGAAUGUCUAAGAGGAUAUAUCCCCAUAGGCCCAUAAUGAUGGUCAUCAGCCACGCUGCGCCCCAUGGCCCUGAGGAUUCGGCACCACAGUUCUCAGAGCUCUACCCCAAUGCUUCACAGCAUAUCACUCCCAGCUAUAACUAUGCACCAAACAUGGAUAAGCACUGGAUCAUGCAGUAUACAGGGCCCAUGCUGCCUAUCCACAUGGAGUUUACAAAUGUCUUGCAGCGCAAAAGGCUUCAGACCCUGAUGUCUGUUGACGACUCUAUGGAAAGAUUGUACCAAAUGCUUGCAGAGAUGGGAGAACUGGAGAAUACCUACAUUAUUUACACUGCUGACCAUGGUUACCAUAUCGGGCAGUUCGGACUGGUCAAGGGGAAGUCAAUGCCAUAUGACUUUGAUAUUCGAGUUCCUUUCUUUAUUCGUGGUCCAAGUGUAGAGCCAGGAUCAGUAGUGCCUCAGAUAGUUCUGAAUAUUGAUCUCGCUCCAACAAUUCUGGAUAUAGCAGGACUUGACACACCUCCAGAUAUGGAUGGUAAAUCUGUCCUAAAGCUUCUGGACUUGGAGAGACCAGGAAACAGAUUUCGAACAAACAAGAAGACCAAAAUUUGGCGUGACACAUUUCUGGUGGAAAGAGGCAAAUUUCUGCGUAAGAAGGAGGAACCCAACAAAAACACUCAGCAGUCUAAUCAACUACCAAAAUAUGAGAGAGUAAAAGAAUUAUGCCAGCAAGCAAAAUACCAGACAGCCUGUGAACAACCAGGGCAG